AUGUAUUCUCAUCAUAUAGCACUUUCAACGCGAGUUUCAUUCCCAUGUGAAUCAGACAUGCCUUGGCACAGAUUGAACAAUCAAUUGUGCUACCUGCUGAUAGAAGUUCACCUUAUAGUGAUCAUCAUCAGUUUAUUCCUCAUAGGAUAUACCGACGCUACCCGAAAAGCUCUUUGGGAAGAAGGUGGACAGCAUGGAUUUGAAUCGGACCCCAAAAUGCGCAUCUACUUUUAUGCAAACUACUUGCAACCGCCAGAAAUCCCUUUCAUCUGGUCUCGACGAUAUACAGAGUUCAAUCUCGCAUCCGGAAUAUUUACUCUAUGUCUUUUUCUCACAAGACAACUACUAGCACUCGCAACUUCCACUAGCAUGCAGACAAAUAUCUAUCUACUCAGCUGCGUGCUUUUAUUCUGGGUCAUGAGCUGCAUUAGCCAGAGAUCACCCGAUUACAGUGAUCCCGAUUAUUCAAGUCGAGUGCCAUGGUAUUUGAACCAUAGCUGCAGUAUUGCAAGUACGCAAAAUCGAGCUGCAUUGGGGUACGUUUCUUGGGUUUUAAUACUGGUUUCAUAUGUAGUGCUUGAUUCCAGCGUUAUAACACGUUGUUGGGCAUCUAAGCUGUUUCCCGACCACUUAGCCUCCCAGUUUGGUGUUUAAGUAGAAAGAGAUCGUGGCUCUUUUGAUAGCGAAAAUCUAUUGAGGAAAGCCUGAGAUGACAUUUGAAGAAAGCUCAAUAUUUGAAAUUGUAGUCGGAUGCAGGUUGUAGACUGGCUUGAAAGAUUUGGUGUAUGAAAUAUCACUUGUGUGAUGCAAAGUUGAAGGUUGGUCGUAGAGAAUCGGUUUUGGUUCAAUAUUGAUGAAAUGUCUUCAAAUAAUCCGCUGGCGUAUCAUAACCAGUUGUUUCAUAAAUUUCUGAUUCUCCAGAAGAUCAACUACUCAGAAUGAAGUAAGGAUUACACAUGGGUAAGUUAUGGUCGUUUCUGGUAUACGUCAACAGGUCAU